AUGGAUUCGUGGCGGGUGCUCUUCCCGUGGUGCAAGUGGCUGCGCGGGCACAGCUGUUGGCUGCUGGUGACAUUGCCUAAGCACCAGCGCAACGCCAGUUCCGACUUGCUACCAAAGAUCCGGGAAUCUCUAAUUCUAUUGUCAAUUGUGGCAGCAGCGGACCAUCUGGUAUUCUGUGACAUCUUGCGUGAAACAUGUGGUGUAGAUGGCGACCUCAACAAGUUUGACAGUCUCCGCGUCAUCUUCGUAUUGGACGACCACACCAGCCGCUCGCUUCUGUGGCCCGAGACAGUGUACAAAGCACUGUUGGCUUGGGACGGAGAUACAAUUAUGAGUGAAGAGUUCCUCUUGGUGAAGGAGGAACUCAAGAGGAUCGCCGAGAAGAAAUUGGGGAUAAUUGUUCCGGACACAGCCAUCCCGUUCUGUCUCCAUUUCGCACCUCGAAAUAUUAAUUUGGUGGGUCUGCAACAAUAUCUCCAGAGCGUGCAACGAUCUUUCGUCUUUGAGGCCAUGCAAUUAAAUUUGAGAGACUUUGAAUUGAACGAGUCGGUAGCACGAGCGUUAACGGAGCUGGUGAUGUUUGGAGCCAAGAUAUCGUGUCUACAGCUGCCGUUAAAGUCGACAGACUUCUUGUCCGAAGACGAGUGUCCUCGCCAGCCUCUUGCAGAUUGUCUACUGGCUGUUACGGGAGGAGGACCACGCACUCGAUUGUUCUCGACUGUAGCAGAGCAACCAUACUACAAAGCUGGGAGCCAUAGAAGCAAAGUGGAGACGAUCGUGGUGAAUGACGUGGAUAUUGACGAUCGGCGGUUCGCAGCACUGUGUUCGACGUUACGUGGAGCAUCAAAUGUGAGAGAACUUGUUCUGGAGUCUGUAUUUACCCAAGACGCUCGAGAGCGGCGUGCUCUCAAGUGGAAGUGGUUAGCAUAUGCUCUAUUCACUCCAACCCGCUAUAAAACAUCAGUGAAAAAGCUCGCUAUCACGGAGUCACAACUUCUAGUUGAUGACGUUGUAGCCAUCUCGUCCCUCGUGAGCACAUGUAACCCAGCACAAGAACUAUUUGAUCCUUUGUGGGCUGAACACGAGGCCAGUCAACGUGUCAAACAGUCCAACAAGAGCCAAGACAACGACCAACCCAAGUGGGAAACCAGCAAGUUGGAAGAAAUGGUGCAAUUAAAGAAAGACACGGUGGUGUAUCUCGAGCCUCUGUGCACUCAGGAAGAGUGGCUGCAGUCCUCAGUGGUGCUAGAACAGGACGCAGAGUUCGCAUUAAUGAGCGCCAAUGACGAGUGGCUGGAAGUUCUCGUGCCAGGGUACGGCAAAUGCUGGGUAGACCCACGCGUCGCACACGAUCGGUACGUAUCCAACUCAGAGUCGUACAAUUGGAGAGGCAUUACGGAUCUGAGUCUGGUCACGCAGGUAGCGAAGAGCUCGACGGAUAAAGUACUGAUCCAGUUCUUCCAGUUAAUUGGUCACGAUCUAGUUAACCUCGUGCUGCAUACCAAUUUAUUACGUGAACAAGGCCUCGGUUCGAUCCUCCGGUCGUGUCCCAAUCUUAAGAGACUGGAACUUAACGGUGCCCAAGUGGAAGAUAUGUUCGUCUUCACCCAUGGAUACGACGUGGGGUAUUGUCAGCUCGAGGCUCUUGCUAUUGAGCGCUAUCGAGUGAGACCAAGGAGCUUAAAAGAGUUCGCAAAAGUGCUUAGUGACGCUGACCGAGAAGCUGCACGACACAUACGGGAGCUGUGUAUCGGGAAAGUACGUCUUCAAGACAUUGACGUCGCUAUCGCAGAGUACGAAACGAUGAUUGAGGCGUUCGCGAGGAUGCUGGAUACGAACCGAACGCUGGAAGUUUUGAGGUUUUAUGUCCAAGGAGACUUCUACACGCGCUUUGUCAAGAGCUUUACGGCGCAUAACGGAGAGCAAUUACCAGCUGAGGAGUUGUCAAAGACACGCAAACUUGCGUUUAUUAGUGCUCUUGACACUGCCAAGAAGACACGGUUAGAGGGAAAGGCGGUGCGUUUGAUCUUUAAGUACGCAGCACGGCGUGUGACUCGAGAAAUCUCCAUCUUGAACUACUGA